UGUCUCUUCUCUAUUGGAUGUGCAGACGUUAGCAGCUGGCCGUACUCGUGCCAUUUAUUAAACCAAGCAAUUUCGUCAUUUUAAUUUAGUUUGAAAACAAACACCAGGCGAUCAUGUCCAUUAAGCUCAAAGCGAACCUCAACAAUCCGCCCAUAAGUGGCUUGGCGACGGCGCACCUUAUCAAUGACACCGUGCCCGUGGAGAUUGUUUGGAGCAAGGAGGAGACUUCGCUGCAGUUCCCCGAUAACCGCCUGUUGGUGUGCCACUCCAACAACGAUGUUCUGCGUGCCUUGGCCCGCGCCGCCCCGGACUACAAGCUGUACGGCGAGACGGCUAUCGAGCGCACACAGAUCGACCACUGGCUCUCCUUUUCCCUAACCUGUGAGGACGACAUCUCUUGGGCUUUGUCUUUUCUCGACAAAUCCAUUGCCCCGGUCACUUACCUGGUAGCCAACAAGUUGACCAUUGCUGACUUUGCUCUCUUUAACGAGAUGCAUUCACGGUACGAGUUCCUGGCCUCCAAGGGGAUUCCACAGCAUGUGCAGCGCUGGUACGACCUCAUCACCGCUCAGCCUCUGAUCCAGAAGGUAUUGAAGUCUCUGCCAGAGGGAGCGCGUGUGAAGAGGAGCCCUCAAGCCUCAAAAGAACAGACUCCCGCCAAGACCGGUGAGCGUAAGCAGGAGGGCAAGUUUGUGGACCUGCCCGGCGCUGAAAUGGGCAAGGUGGUUGUGCGAUUCCCGCCAGAAGCAUCCGGCUAUCUGCACAUUGGACACGCCAAGGCCGCUCUGCUCAAUCAGUACUACGCCCAGGCCUUCCAAGGGACGCUUAUAAUGCGCUUCGACGAUACGAAUCCUGCCAAAGAAACGGUCGAGUUUGAAAACGUAAUCCUUGGUGAUCUGGAGCUGUUGCAAAUAAAGCCGGACGUUUUCACGCACACUUCAAACUACUUCGACCUCAUGCUGGACUACUGUGUGCAGCUGAUCAAGGAGAGUAAGGCCUACGUGGACGAUACGCCGCCGGAGCAGAUGAAGCUUGAGCGCGAACAGCGAGUGGAAUCUGCAAACCGCUCCAACUCUGUGGAGAAGAAUCUUUCCUUGUGGGAAGAGAUGCUGAAGGGCUCCGAGAAGGGCCAAAAAUGUUGCGUGCGCGCCAAGAUCGAUAUGUCGUCCGCCAAUGGUUGCAUGCGAGAUCCCACCAUUUAUCGUUGCAAAAACGAACCACAUCCGCGUACUGGAACCAAAUACAAGGUCUACCCCACAUACGACUUCGCCUGCCCCAUUGUUGACGCCAUUGAGAAUGUGACCCACACCCUGCGAACCAUGGAGUACCAUGAUCGUGACGAUCAGUUCUACUGGUUUAUCGAUGCCCUGAAGCUAAGAAAGCCGUACAUCUGGGAAUACAGUCGCCUGAACAUGACCAACACCGUGCUGUCAAAGCGAAAGCUUACUUGGUUUGUAGACUCUGGUCUGGUCGAUGGCUGGGACGAUCCGCGAUUCCCAACAGUGCGUGGCAUCAUCCGCCGUGGCAUGACUGUGGAGGGUCUGAAGGAAUUCAUCAUCGCCCAGGGCAGCAGUAAAUCGGUGGUGUUCAUGAACUGGGACAAGAUCUGGGCCUUCAACAAGAAGGUAAUCGAUCCGAUUGCUCCCCGUUACACGGCCUUGGAAAAGGAGAAGCGCGUGAUUGUGAAUGUGGCUGGUGCCAAGGUAGAAAAGGUGCAGGUUUCAGUGCAUCCCAAGGAUGAAUCGUUGGGCAAGAAAACGGUUUUACUGGGACCUAAAAUUUACAUCGACUACGUUGAUGCCGAAGCUCUGAAGGAGGGAGAAAAUGCCACCUUCAUAAACUGGGGCAAUAUCCUAAUCCAGAAGGUGCAUAAGGAUGCCUCUGGAACCAUUACUUCCGUGGACGCAGCUCUCAACUUGGAAAACAAGGACUUCAAGAAGACCCUCAAGCUGACGUGGUUGGCCGUGGAAGACGAUUCCAGCGCCUAUCCUCCCACGUUCUGUGUGUACUUCGACAACAUCAUUAGCAAGGCGGUACUUGGCAAGGACGAGGACUUUAAGCAGUUCAUUGGACACAAGACCCGGGAUGAGGUAGCCAUGUUGGGCGAUCCCGAGCUGAAAAAGUGCAAGAAGGGAGACAUUAUCCAGUUGCAACGUCGUGGCUUCUUCAAGGUGGAUAACGCAUAUGAACCGCCAAGUGGCUUCUCGGGUGUAGCCUCGCCGAUUAUCCUUUUCUCCAUUCCUGAUGGUCAUACCAAGGAUGUGCCUACUUCUGGUUUGAAGAUCAAUACCGCGACAGAAGCCAAACCCACGAAAAAGGCUUCCUCCCCUUCUGGAUCUCCCGACAAGGCAUCCGAAUUGGACAAACUGAUUGCCAAGCAAGGCGAAUUGGUGCGCGACCUGAAAUCGAAGAAGGCUGCCAAGGAUCAAGUCGACGCUGAAGUAAAGAAACUACUUGCCCUGAAAGCCGACUACAAGGCGGCUACUGGCAAGGACUGGAAACCAGGUCAAACUGCUGCUUCUGCUCCAGCUGCUGCUGCUUCCUCUUCGCCCACUGCCAACGACGCUGCUUCGGUUAACGCCAAUAUUGUUAAGCAGGGCGACUUGGUAAGAGAUCUGAAAACCAAGAAGGCUGCCAAGCCGGAGAUUGACGCUGCCGUGAAGACGCUCUUGGAGCUAAAGGCUCAGUACAAAUCAGUGACUGGACAGGAUUGGAAACCAGGCACUGUACCUCCGCCAUCCGCCACUGCCACGCCUGCUGCCAGCAAUUCGGUGUCCCAGAUUCUUGACCAGAUCACUGCCCAGGGAGAUAAGGUGCGUGAGCUGAAGGCGGCUAAAGCUGACAAGGCCACGAUUGAUGCUGCUGUGAAGACACUGCUCGGCUUAAAAGCAGACUACAAGCAGGCCACCGGUAGCGACUGGAAGCCAGGCACGACAGCUCCUGCAGCUGCCCCAGUCAAGGUAAAACAGGAGAAGAAUCCCGAACCAGCCUCCAACCAAGCUGUUAACCUACUACUGGAGAAGAUUGCCAAUCAGGGCGAAAAGAUAAGGCAAUUAAAGGCAGCCAAGUCUGAGAAAUCCCUGCUGGACCCUGAGAUCCAGUUUCUUCUUGCUCUGAAGCAGGACUACAAAUCGCUGACCGGCAAGGACUGGAAGCCAGGAACUGUUCCCACCGCGAGCCCUGCCGUAGUCACUGUAGAUCUCACCGCAGAAGAUUCAGGCAGUGACGUUGCCAGUGUUCUUGGAAAGAUUCAGGCUCAGGGCGACAAGAUUAGGCAAUUGAAGUCUGAGAAGGCAGCCAAGACCGUCAUUGAGCCGGAGGUUAAGACUCUGCUCGCUCUCAAAGCUGAAUACAAAACGUUAAGCGGAAAGGACUGGACGCCGGAUACUAAAGUUGAACCCGUCGCCGUGAAGAAAGAAGCUAGUCCCGUUGCAAUGGCGUCGCCUGCUAAGGAUGAGCUUACCCAGCAGAUCAACGCCCAGGGUGAGAAAGUGCGUGCCGCUAAAGCCAACAAGGCAGCCAAGGAGGUUAUUGAUGCGGAGGUGGCCCAGCUGCUUUCCCUUAAGGCCAAGUACAAGGAGGUUACCGGCACCGAUUUCCCAGUAGCCGGGAGGGGAGGCGGCGGCGGUGGAGGAGCCACAAAGAAAGCGGCCAAGGAAACACAGCCAAAGCCUGCCAAGCCGGUGAAAAAAGAACCUGCUGCUGAUGCCUCCGGAGCAGUGAAGAAGCAAACACGCCUGGGCUUGGAGGCUACCAAGGAAGACAACCUCCCAGAGUGGUACUCGCAGGUUAUCACCAAGGGCGAGAUGAUCGAAUACUACGAUGUGUCCGGCUGCUAUAUUCUGCGUCACUGGUCCUUCGCCAUAUGGCGAGCUAUUAAGCAAUGGUUCGAUGCCGAGAUCACGCGCAUGGGUGUUAAGGAGUGCUACUUCCCCAUUUUUGUAUCCAAAGCUGUGCUUGAGAAGGAGAAGACGCAUAUUGCGGAUUUCGCUCCCGAGGUAGCAUGGGUUACAAAAUCCGGUGACUCUGAUCUGGCCGAACCAAUCGCUGUGCGUCCCACCUCUGAGACAGUCAUGUACCCCGCUUACGCCAAGUGGGUGCAGUCCUACAGAGAUCUGCCCAUCCGUCUCAACCAAUGGAACAAUGUUGUGCGAUGGGAAUUCAAGCAACCUACGCCCUUCCUGCGCACCCGAGAGUUCCUUUGGCAGGAGGGCCACACCGCGUUCGCAGGCAAAGAGGAAGCCGAUAAGGAGGUGCUCGACAUCCUCGACUUGUACGCCCUGGUUUACACCCACCUGCUGGCUAUUCCCGUGGUGAAGGGCCGCAAGACCGAGAAGGAGAAGUUUGCGGGCGGUGACUACACCACCACAGUUGAGGCAUUCAUAUCGGCUUCCGGACGCGCCAUUCAGGGAGCGACAAGCCACCACUUGGGACAGAACUUCUCCAAGAUGUUCGAGAUCGUCUACGAAGAUCCGGAAACGCAGCAAAAGAAGUAUGUCUACCAGAACUCCUGGGGGAUAACGACACGAACCAUCGGUGUGAUGAUUAUGGUUCAUGCUGACAACCAGGGAUUGGUUUUGCCGCCCCAUGUGGCCUGCAUCCAGGCCAUCGUCGUACCCUGUGGCAUCACUGUCAACACGAAGGACGAUGAGAGGGCCCAGCUUCUCGACGCGUGCAAGAAACUGGAGAAGCGCUUGGUCGGAGCUGAGGUGCGAUGCGAGGGUGAUUACAGGGACAACUACUCGCCCGGCUGGAAGUUCAACCACUGGGAGCUAAAGGGUGUUCCGCUGCGCCUCGAGGUGGGUCCCAAGGACUUAAAGGCUCAGCAGCUGGUGGCCGUACGACGUGACACUGGUGAGAAGAUCACCAUCCCACUGGCCGAUGUUGAAAAGAAGAUUCCCGCGUUGCUCGAAACGAUCCACGAGAGCAUGCUGGCCAAAGCUCAGUUGGAUUUGACCAGUCACACCAAGACGGUGACCAGCUGGGCAGACUUCGUAGGCUUCCUCGAGCAGAAGAAUAUCCUGCUCUCUCCGUUCUGUGGCGAAAUUAGCUGCGAGGACAAGAUCAAGGCGGAUAGUGCCCGCGGCGAAGAGGCCGAGCCUGGAGCUCCUGCCAUGGGCGCCAAGUCACUAUGCAUCCCCUUCGAGCAACCGGCUGCUAUCACGGCCAAGGACAAGUGCAUCAACCCCAACUGCACCAACAAACCCAAGUUCUACACCCUCUUCGGACGUAGCUACUAAUUAAGAAAAGUUACUGCGGAUCCUGGAUUAGUUGUUUCUCAAAUGUAAACCCCUAAUUCGAGUUUGAAAUCGAAAAACCUUAUGUACUCUGAUUUUUCAAGGACCUUUAUAAUCGUUUAAAGUUAAAACUUAUUAAAUGAUACAAAAUCUAAAAACUA